UGAGCAUCCUGACCAGCCUGACACAGCAACAUUGACUCAACCAAUGCCAUGAGUUUGGGGCGGGAUUACUUGUUUGACCAAUGGCGGUAAUUACUGCAAUGAUAUUUUUUUUAAAUUUUUUAUUUAUUUGUGCAAGUCCGACACUAGUACUGACACAAAAAAUACACAAUAUACAAGUGGUGCGCACUGGGUUUGAGUUGUCCAGCCCUGGUGUGUAAGUAAAAAUAUAAUAGUUUCAUAGCUUUGUUUUCUUUCUGUCCCUCUGAGCUGGAUCCAAUCCUCUCCCUGGCUUUAUGGGAUUUUACGGGAUGCACUUCUUCUGUAAUUGGAGUUCCAUACAACCCUGUCUUAUAUUAUGAGAGUCGAGAAACCACACAUGCAUUCUGGGCAACUUCCAAGAACAGGAACAUCCAUACUAGACGAUUCUUUCCAGUCUUUCACAGGAAAAGAUUCCAGGAUUACAAGAAAAAGAGGCUUGGCUUUUAAAGGAGUGUUUUAUAAGUCUUAGACAUCUGGAGUGUGAAAAAAAAAAAAAAAAAGAACCGAGUUGCCUUGUUUCUCCGGCAGUAUUCUACUAACCUUUCAGCUUCAAGGACUAAGCAUCAACACUCACUUCAGGAUCUGCCCAGUCCUGGUGGGUCACUUAGCUGAACUGAUGUGGAACGCAACCCUUUAUGAUCCCAGCCCACAAGCCUCUAUUCAGUGAGCCGGACUCAGGAGAGAGCAGAUAAUAGAGGCAGGAGGUCUGCACACACAAAAAAGUGAAGCAACAGCAGCAGUAGUGUUCAGACUGGUUAAAGAGGCCCUUGAAGUUGGGAAAAAGAGCUGAAAAUAGAAAGAAGAAAGAAAAGUGUGAAUAUAUAAAGACCUUCUUGGGACUGCUAGACAUUCUUGAACGCAAAGAAAACUUUGACCCUUAACCUUCAUUUCACCUCUUAAAUUAAUUUUAGUGUUACCCCAUCAUGCCUGUGGAGACCCUUCGUCCCACACAUGGGCGUCAUACUGGGGGUCCUUUUACCUCUGCCAUGCCUUUCCGCAUACUCAUCAAGGGCCCAGAAUACUUCCGCAGGGCACCUGAGACAGGAACGCGAAAGUUAAGUGCAGUAGAGCGUCUGGAAGCAGACAAGGCCAAGUAUGUGAAGAGCCAGCAAGUAGCACUCACUAGACAAGAGCCUGUCAAACCCCCAAUCAUCCGCAAACCACUGCUAUCACCAAGCAUGAAGAUGCAAUGUAGGAUAAACACUCCACCAGCGAGGACGAUUACUCAACGGCUAACUGAUGCAGAGAACAGAGGACCAGUACAAGGAAUAUGCAGGGGACCUCAACUCAACCUGGAUAUCCUUAAUAAUCUAAUCAAUGUCUGCGAUGGGUCACUUGCAUCCUCACCUACCCCUUCCACUCAAUCUCCCUCAGCCUCCUCACCUUCAUCCGGAGGUCAGAGUGUUGGUAGUGGACAGUCUGCAGAGCCUCAGCAAUGUGUCAACUUCAGAUUACACCAUGCUUCGACACCUAACUCCUCUUGCACCUCUUCGUCUCUUAACAAUCAGCCCUCACUUGCAGAACCCAGCCGAAGGCCGCCACCGGUUCCAGCCAGAGCUCCCCGACUGAUGCCACAAGGUAGUUACGGACCUCCCAACUCUGUAACUGUGCGACGGGUGGAUGUGCGACCGCAGGUGGAGAUAAGGAAGCCUCAGAGGUUGCCUCUACAACCCAAACCCAGACAGACCCAAACAGCUCAACCACAGAUAGCUCAGCCACAGGCACCCCCACCACCCACAAAUUCAGCUAAGCACCAGCCUAUGUCUGCUCAGCCUCCAUCCCCCUGCUUGCCCCCCAGCCCCCUACUUUUGCGCUCUGGUGUUUUACCCCCAGCCUCCCCCGCCUUCACCCGCCUCUCCUCGGCCAGCUCACGAGGUUCACAUCCUGGCUCAACACGGAAACACCCCACCCUUCACCGCUCCAAGUCUGACUUGAGUGACAGAUACUCUCGGGCCACAGCCGACCUGGAACGUUUCUUCAACUACUGUGGACUGGAUCCUGAGGAAGUGGAAGGUAUGGGUGGCGUGGAACAUUUUGCCCGUGCCAGUUCGGACAUUGUUUCGGUCUCCAAGCUCCGUAGUGUUAGUACGCCAAGCUCAGACUGUGGUGGGGAUGGACGGAGAGGAGAAGAUGAGGAUGACGAAGAAGAUGAUGGGCCCAUCAAGCCCAAUGAGCGUGUUCCUUAUGGCAUCUCUGUCAUCGAGAGGAACGCACGUGUCAUUAAGUGGCUCUACGGAAUCCGACAAGCACGGGACACCUCGCAAAACAUCAACGUCUAGAAGUUUCUCUCUGGCUUUCUACUGACAAGGGAGUACCAGACAAAGACAAUAUAAAUGGGACAGAAACUUGCAGCAUUCUGUUGAUUAUUCUGUUGAUCACACACAAUAUUUAUUAAGUUCUUGUUGAAGAUGUUUGAACUUGGCUCUGACAAAUAUUUGUUUUUGCCUUACUAUAAGGAUAUUGUUCAUCAAGUCUGUUACAUAGAAUUUCAGAGAGCAAAUGUGGCAUACUACAGAAUCUCAGCACUGUGACUUAAAAAAAAAUUGUAUUUGAGCAAUAACACUAAUGCUAAAGGCAUUAAAAGAGUGACUGAAUGGAUAAUGAUUGAUGAUGAUGAAGGCAGCAGUCGAUCUGCUGUGCUGAUACUGUUCAGGUACAAAGUCUUUAUUAAACAGCAGUGCUGUGGGACUCAUGGCCUAAGCUCAUUUCAGUAGGAACCAUAGGAAUGGAAAUCAAGCAGGUACUUUCUAGCUUUAGAAAUCUUUGUAUUGGUUGAAGAAUUGCAGAAUGAUUGACAGCUAUUUAGGAUGCGUGUGUUAUGAUGUCAUAAUCAUGGUAGGAAGGUCUCAGGGAUGCGCUCAAUAAGACACAGCUAGAACAAAGAGAGAGACUGCAAAAUACACACACACACUUAAAACCCCUACGCUGCACACACUUUUGCUCCAUAUGUGUCGAAUUCACAAGUGUGUCAGAUGUUUAAGUUUAGACGUUUUUGAAGGUGAGACUAAAAUACUGUGAAGAAUUCCGAGCUUCCUUGGAGGCACUGUUCCUCUGCAAAAAUGGCUGGUAGACUGUUAUUGUUGAAUUUAAGUUUUGAAGUUAAAAAUAUAAGCAUGUGAAACCCUAUUGUCAGCAUGCACACAUGUACAUCUGUAUCACUUGGCAAACACAGUUGCACGAUGUGCAGUCCCAAAACAUGCAUUCCAAAACAAAUAGACGUACAUUCCAUUCAACGUGUUUAUAUAUGAUAUAUGUGGCUUUUGUUGUUUGUGACUGUUCCUUCUGCCUGUCUCUGUGGGUUUAUACAUUCUGAGGAGGAGUUUGUCUUGUUUUAGAUGGAUAAAGCAGGUAGGGAAUGAGAAAACAGAAUGAACUGGAAGUGUGAUUCAAUGCUCUCAGUGGAAUCAAAGCUGUUAAAUCUAUAUACUGCACAGUUUUGCACGAAGUGGAAAAGAAAAGCUUUUCAAAGCGAUAGAAAACUGAAGUUGAUGCAAUCUGUGCACAAUGAAAAGUCAUGAGGACAUACAAAUGUUCCCUUUUGGUGAGAAUGUUUUGCUUUGUUAAAGGCACAAUAAUAUAAUUUUUUUUUUUUUUCCUCGGCUGUGCAAUCAAACGAUACAUAAAUAGAUAAGCACAAAACAUUUAAGAUUUAAAGACAUUGCUCUGCCAGCACAUUCAGAAAGAAUACACACAAAGGUACAAACCCUCAAACGGUUCAGUUCAGUAGUCAUUGAAGUAAUAUUGUGGCUCUGCUUGUGUUCUGGAGUUUAUUGUUGACUCAUUGAAAAAGUCUAAAGCAAAAUUGGUGAUCUGAAGAUGUCAAUAAAGAGAGAAUCGUUUUGAAAAAAUAAAGUUGUGAUUUCUUCAUUCCUAUUAGACGAGUAUUUUGGGGUUAUUUUCAGUUCUUUUCAAUAAAUUGCUCAAACCCGUUCACAAUAUGAUCUGAAUGAUUAAUUUAUGAAUCAGUUUGAAUCAAAAUGGUUUUCAAAAAUCCUUAUCCAGUACUUAAGACUGACCUAAAAGGUCAUGGAAAUUCAUUGGUCAAAAAGACUUGAAAGUUAUGUCUCUGCUGUGAGAGGUAAUCAAGUAAAUAUUGUGCCCUCAGGACAGGCCCAUAGCUUUGUCACAGCAGGCUGCUACACCAGUGAAUUAUGACUAACCUUCAGCAGACAGACACAGAAUUAUAGCCAGAGGGAAAGAGAGGGGGAUGUGACUGUGAUGAUGAGGAGAGAACUGAAGAAGUGAUGCUGAGAGGAAGUGAAUAGUGAACAUCAGAAGAAGGAAAGGAUGAAAAGGGCAGCAGUGUGAUGCACAGCAUUUUCUGCAGGCCAAUUAGAUUUAUUAAAGAAUCUCUUACUAUAAUCAAGAAAAUUAAACUGAUGGAAGGAUGAUCAAGGAAGCGAAAGAGAAAGAUUACUAGGUUAUAUGGUAAUGCUGUUCCCUAGAGAUCUCUAGUAAGGUGGUUUAGGGUAAAUGUGUUUAUACUUUAUAGUGAUCUCUUGUGUGCACUGACCUCACAAAGACAUAUGAGAGAGAAGGGACUAAGAGACGCUAAGGGAGACAUAUGCUCAUAUUUGUGUAUCAUCAGCUGGGAUCUGCUUCAUACAUUCAGGAACAACACACACAGACUGUACAGUAAACACUUCUGCACAUAUGAGCCUCCGACAAUACAUUUUAAUAUUCAUUCUUGAAUAAUGACAAGAAAUUGUUUCGUUUUAGAUUAAUCAGCACUCUCUUGGUGUAACUGACUGCAUAAUGCACUGAACUGUAAUAAAAUUA